AUGCUGAACCACCUACGUUCGGCGCUGUCCGCCUGUCGCGGACGAGGACACCGGGCGUGCGCCUCCGGCGCCGAGCCCUUGCGCGGCGCCCUGGGCCCCGCCCCUCACAGGUGCGCCGGGAGGUGCGGCCAGCAUCGCUGCGGGGUUGUGGGCGUCCGGCACCCACACGGUCCCAGGCGGUCGUUCGCCGCGGCCGCAGCGGACGACGAGGGCAGUGCCGACAAGAUGGCGGACGCCGCGGGGGAGGCUCAGGCAGAUUCUGGAGCCCCAAAGAUGGUGGUGUUCGGUGGCAAUGGAUUCGUGGGCAGCAGGGUGUGUGAGCAGGGUGUGAACAUGGGCCUAAAAGUUGUGAGUGUCAGCCGUUCAGGUCGACCAGGAUGGCUGUCUGCUGCCUGGGCUGGCCAUGUUGACUGGCAGAAGGGCGAUGCCCUGGAGCCGGCCUCAUACUCUGAAAUUCUGAAGGGGGCUACAGCAGCAGUGAGCUGUGUUGGGGGCUUUGGAACCAACGAAGCCAUGUACAGGAUCUGUGGCCGAGCAAACAUCUCAGCCAUCGAUGCAGCUGCUGCAGCUGGAGUGAAGAGAUUCGUCUUCAUUUCAGUGCACGACUACAAAGCACCAGGCUUCUUUCUGGAUGGCUACUUCAGGGGCAAACUAGAUGCUGAAAAGGCUCUGCAGGAAAAGUUUGGGGACAAUGGUGUGUCCUUGCGGCCAUCGUUGAUUCACGGCACCCGCAACGUGAGUGGCUUCGACAUCCCUUUAGGCGCCUUCUUCGGUCCAGUCGAGAAGGGCCUGAACCUCAUUCCAAAUAUCCAACAGCUCACUGAGCUGCCGGUGAUCGGCGCUGCACUGCUGCCGCCAGUCAGCGUCGACGCUGUGGGGAAGGCGGCAGCCACGGCUGCUGUGGACCCCUCGGUGCCGGGCGGCACCAUGGAUGUAUGGGCCAUCGCGAAGUAUGUGUGA